AUGAUGGCACGCACACGGAGGGGCGUCAAGUUCCCCCACAAGACCAACGGUCACGGCGAGGGACGCCGCUCCAGCUUCAGCGACGUCAGCGAAGAUGGGUCACCUACCAAGCUUAGGUCUGCUGCUGCCCUGGACAACAUUGUAGAGCAAUCUCACUCUCCCGAGGAGGAAAAGCGAGCCGCCUACGAGAAGAAGAAGGCCAACUUCCUGACCCGUACCUUCUGGACCUUUGUCAUGUUUGCCGGCUUCUUCACUGCUCUCUUCAUGGGCCACAUCUAUAUCAUCUGCAUCAUGACUGCUAUCCAGAUCAUCUCCUUCAAGGAGGUUAUUGCAAUCGCUAGUGUACCCAGCCGUGCCCGCCAGCUGCGUUCCGCCAAGAGCCUCAACUGGUACUGGUUGGCCACUACCAUGUAUUUUCUCUACGGCGAGAGUGUCAUUUACUACUUCAAGCACAUUGUCUUGGUUGACAAGGUUCUGCUACCCUUGGCAACCCACCACCGCUUCAUCAGCUUCAUCUUAUACAUCUUCGGAUUUGUCUUCUUCGUUACCUCGCUCCAGAACGGUCACUACAAGUUCCAGUUCACCCAGUUCGCAUGGACGCACAUGGCCUUGUACCUCAUCGUCGUCCAGGCCCACUUCAUCAUGAACAAUGUUUUCGAGGGCAUGAUCUGGUUCUUCCUCCCGGCCGCCAUGGUCAUCACCAACGAUAUCUGGGCCUACCUAUGCGGCAUCACUUUUGGCCGCACCCAGCUCAUUGCGCUCUCUCCCAAGAAGACCGUCGAGGGUUUCGUUGGCGCCUGGGCCUUCACCAUCUUGUUUGGCAUGAUUUUGACCAACAUUUUGAUGCGCUCCGACUUCUUUCUAUGCCCUGUCAAUGAUCUCGGCGCAAACAUCUUCACUGGUCUUGAGUGUACCCGUAAUCCCGUCUUCAUACCCAAGACGUACAGCCUGCCUCCUCUAUUCUUCCUGCCCCCGAACAUGCACCAGACCUUCUCGUUCACCGUGGCCCCGAUGCAGCUGCACACCUUGGUAUUGGCUACCUUUGCCUCUCUCAUCGCUCCCUUCGGCGGUUUCUUUGCUUCUGGGCUCAAGCGCACUUUCAAAAUCAAGGACUUUGGCGACUCGAUUCCGGGACAUGGCGGCAUGACGGACCGCAUGGAUUGCCAGUUCAUCAUGGGUUUCUUCACAUACAUGUACUACCAUUCGUUCAUCGCCCUGCACAAAGUCAACCUGGGCAGUGUCAUGGAGAUGGCUGUCACGGGCUUGACGGUUGAGGAGCAGCUCGAGUUGGUCAGGGGUAUGGGUCGCUAUCUUAGCAACCAAGGCGUUUGGGGGGAUGAGAUUAUUCGGUGUCUGGAUAAGGCAUCACAGGCCAAGCGGUAG